AUGGAGGUGAAGAAGGAUGGAGGAGGAGGAGGAGGAGGACCGUGGUCGUCUCCAACAGCUCCUCCGGCUCCCUCCAGCCCGGCCUGCUACAGGGGCUCCCUCAUAGCCUUCCUCCUCUUCUUCCUCAUCAUCGGCAUCUUUGUCGGCCUCGUUAUAGCGUAUCUGGUGCAGGAGCAGCAUUACUUCAUGGAGACGGUGGAGCUGAAAGGUCUGAAGUACGACGCCGCUCUGCAGGAUGAGACCUCUGGGUUCUCCAUAGUACUGUCCUCACUCUUAAAGUCCAAGAUUAAAAAUGUCUUCACUGCCUCAUCUAUAUCACAUCACUACGUUGAUUGCAGUAUUGUUGCCUAUGGUAACAUUAACGGGGACGUGAUGGCCACCUUCAGACUGGUCUUCAGGGUCUCCAAGAUCCAGCAGUAUUCAGACAACUUUGUGCAGGACUUGCUGAGGGCAGGACUCAGCUCGGCGAUGCACGGGAAACCUCUGGAGGUGCCGCAGUUUGGCCAGAUCAGCGCUAUCGUCUUACUGGGAGCCAGCGGGAAGUCGUUCUAUGUCAUCGGAGACGAUCUGACGGCCAGGUGUCCUGACAACGUCUUCACCUGCGAUAACGGAGAAUGUGUCACCAAGUUAAACCCCGAGUGCGACUUCAUCACCGACUGUGCCGACGGAUCUGAUGAAGCUCGUUGUGCCUGCGGGACCCGGCCGGCCAUGGGGAGCCGGGUGGUCGGGGGUGAGGACGCUCGGCCGGGGGAGCUGCCCUGGCAGGUCAGCCUGAGGUUUCACAACCGACACACCUGUGGAGCCUCCGUCAUCAGCGAGCGCUGGCUGCUCAGUGCAGCUCACUGCUUCGAGAGGGACAGCGACCCCAGAGAGUGGACGGCUCUGGUCGGGGCUCGGCUGGUCAGCGGCCAGGAGUCCGAGUCCAAAACCAUCAACAUCAAGUCGGUGCACGUGUCUCCGGACUACAAUCCCAUGACCACCGACAGCGACGUGUCGGUCCUGGAGCUGGAGACGCCGCUCAGCUUCGGCUCCCACAUCCAGCCCGUCUGCCUGCCGUCGCCGUCCCACGUCUUCAGUCCGGGUCAGAGCUGCGUGGUGUCGGGCUGGGGCGCUCUGAACCAGUUCAGCCCCGAGGUUCCCUCCACGCUGCAGAAAGCUGUGGUGAAAAUCAUCGACUCCAAGGUCUGCAACAAGUCGUCGGUGUACCGAGGAGCCGUGACGCCCAACAUGAUGUGUGCUGGAUUCCUGCAGGGGAAGGUGGACUCGUGUCAGGGCGACUCUGGAGGACCUCUGGUGUGUGAGGGGGCUCCGGGGAGGUUCUUCCUGGCCGGGGUGGUGAGCUGGGGGGUCGGCUGUGCCCAGAUCAACAGGCCCGGGGUUUAUUCCCGCGUCACCAAGUACCGCAACUGGAUCCUGCGCUACAUAGAUCCCAGCUUGGUCCACGGAGAGCCCCAGCUUGUUCCCACUGAGCCGGUUCCUGUGACCGGAGGAACCGUGGACGACCUGCCGGUACCGGGAACCGUCGCCAUGGAUGUGUUGCCUGCUCAACUACUACCUGUGCUGAACUGCAGCGGAAGCUUCCAGUGCAGCUCCACCUCCUGCAUCAACAAGGUGAACCCAGAGUGUGACGGAGUCCCCGACUGCCCCAAUGGAGCCGACGAAAGGAACUGUGACUGUGGAGUCCGUCCUGCUCUGGGCUCCCACCGGAUCGUGGGUGGAGUCACAGCUCGGCGGGGGGAGUGGCCUUGGAUCGGCAGCCUGCAGUACCAGCGACUCCACCGCUGUGGGGCCACGCUCAUUCACAACAAGUGGUUGCUGACUGCAGCUCACUGCUUCAAAAGUGACCCGGCUCCCACCAACUGGGCCGUCAGCCUGGGCUCUGUGCUGCGUUCGGGGGUUGGAGCUCUGGUCAUCCCCAUCCAGAGGGUGAUCCUCCAUCCGGCUUUCAACGGCACCAACAUGGACCAUGACGUGGCUCUGCUGGAGCUGGCGGUUCCAGCCCCGAUGUCUUACACCAUCCAGUCCGUCUGCCUUCCGUCCCCGGUGCACCGGUUCCUGAAGAACGCUGAGUGCUACAUCACAGGCUGGGGCUCCAUGAGGGAAGGAGGUUCGUUGACCAACCUGCUGCAGAAAGCUGCAGUGAACGUCAUCGACCAGGCGGACUGCCAGCAGUCGUAUGGAAACGUAUUGACCACGAGCAUGAUGUGUGCCGGAUUCAUGGAGGGAGGACGGGACACCUGUCUGGGAGACUCUGGAGGGCCGCUGACCUGUCGCCAGCCCUCUGGCCAGUGGUUUAUCGCCGGAGUGACCAGCUGGGGACACGGCUGCGGGCGAAUCGGUUUCCCGGGGGUUUACACUCGUGUGACGUCUGUCAGGAAAUGGAUCUCUGCGUACCUGCCUUUCUGACUGAGGAGGGGCGGAAAAAAGCAGCCAUGUCUGCAGAGAAAUGACAAACCGUGUGGACUAAGUGGAUUUUUAAAGAUGCAUCUCCACAGAACUGUACUGUACAAGGACUGAAGUCGUGCUAAAAGCCGCACACACACGCUCGGUUUACAGUCGACCCGCUGUGUGAGCUGCCGGUGCUGUUUGUUAUACUGUGCAAUGGGACUUUUCUCUAUCAACGUGUACUGAAGAAACAAUCCUGAGCUGUGGCUUCACGGAGCUCCUGCUAACACAUGCAUGAUUGAAAGUAUUUAUUAUAGUUAUUUAUUUUCCUAACUGGUGAACAUACUGUACAUGGUGUUUGUGUGUGGGGCUCAGAAUAUAUGUGGUUCAUUUAUGGGUUCAAUAUUUGUUACUGAACGGUGGGUUUCUGGGGAAAAUAUAGUUGUGAUAUUGGAAUCAGCUUGAUAAAGGGAACACGUGGUGGUGCUUCA